GGUGGGGAUCCGAAGACGAAAAUAAUGAUCAGUUUAGCUUUUAAGUGUUUUAGUGUAAGAACACUUCUCGACGUGUACUAUUGAGCGGCAUCGUCUUUUAGACUAAGCUCGUUAAAUAAAGAUAAAAAUAUAAAAAAUAAGCAAGAGUGAUAAAGAGAUUAGAUAACAAAAUUUCGGUUUUCUUGUUUCGCGGUAGACCCUCAGGUUGUGAUGGAUUGUGGUAUUGGCGCCCAAAGAGCAUAUAAUCAGUACGUUUUAGUGGCGCCCCCUGCGCAGAGUUUCGCGUAAUAUCCCCUAUUACUAUAUAACGUAGUCCGAACUAGCCUAAAGUCUAAUUCGUGCUGUAACGCCAUCUACACGAUUACGCUGGAAGUAUUAACGUAUCACAUGAUUCACAUGGUGGCGUGGUGUUUAUGCCAGGCUAGGCAUGAAUGAAAAUGACACAGCUGUAGAAGCCUACAGUAAGCUAAAAAAAAAUUAGGUAUGAUAUGAGCCCAUUUCAGAUGCCGAUCAAUGUAUAACCGAAAAUUAAAGUAAAUUUUUGUUAAUCGUGUAAAACUGCUUAAUUUGACAGUUAUUUUGAAUCUUGCAAUACUCAAAGUACUCAACUGUCAAAUUGAGGGGACAGCGUCAGCCUUUCAGUUUUCGCUCCGUGAUUUUUUGGCUUAGUUGCAUUUAUUUAGUUAAAAACGUUAGGAGUAAUUUAUUUUGCCAACAAAGCAGCUAUUUCUUAAUCCUGUGAAAUGUUACUGAUUGUUAAACAUUAUUUAUGAACUUUAGACUUGCACUAUAGGUUGAGAAAAGCGUUUUUUUUUUCAACUUGUAGAGUUUACAAGAUAUUUAUGAAAUCAUUAAGGUUUUGGGUAUUUAAAUAAACCACGGCGUCGAAAAAAAACGAGAUUGCCUCCAACACGGAGACGGAUUACAGGUUCAAAUAAUGUUGUAGAUGCCCGCCGCCAGUUUCGGGGCUCAGCUUCCCCCUCUUGGCGACGGGGGCAUCAAAGACGUGUGGAAUUCCAACCUUCAUGAAGAAUUUCAAAUAAUCAGACAGGUGGUGCAGAAGUACCACUGGGUUGCUAUGGACACAGAGUUUCCCGGUGUAGUAGCAAGGCCUAUUGGUGAAUUUAGGUCAACUGCAGACUACCAGUACCAACUACUGAGGUGCAAUGUGGAUUUGUUGAGGAUCAUUCAGCUAGGCCUUACGUUCAUGGACGAAAAUGGAAAAACACCGCCAGGCUACACCACCUGGCAAUUCAACUUCAAAUUUAAUUUACAAGAAGACAUGUAUGCGCAGGACUCCAUAGACUUAUUGCAGAAUUCUGGGCUCCAGUUCAGGAAGCACGAGGAGGACGGCAUCGAGCCGCUAGAGUUUGCCGAGUUGCUCAUGACAUCAGGCCUUGUUCUCAUGGAUAACAUCAAAUGGUUAAGCUUUCACUCCGGGUAUGACUUUGGCUACCUGCUCAAGCUGCUGACCGACCAGAACCUACCACAAGACGAGAAUGACUUCUUUGAGAGUCUACGGUUGUAUUUCCCUACAGUUUACGAUGUCAAGUACCUCAUGAAGCUCUGCAAAAAUCUGAAGGGUGGAUUACAGGAGGUGGCAGACCAGUUGGAGCUCCGGCGCGUUGGACCGCAGCACCAGGCUGGUUCCGACUCUCACCUCACUGGAAUGGCGUUCUUCAAGAUCAAAGAGAUAUUUUUCGACGACAACAUCGAGAGCUCAAGCGGGCAUCUGUACGGCUUGGGCGCCCCGUUCUCCGCGUCCGCGAGCACCUUCCAGGAGGGCGGCGAGGCGGGCACCUCGUCCUGAUCGGCGGAGGCCAGCGCGCCCGCCCCGUCGCCGCGCCUCUACCUGCACGAGUGACCGGCGCCGGCGUCGGCCCGCCGUCCUGCCAGUGCGUCACUCACGUAAUACCCGAGACUCUAAAGUGAAUGGAACUCGCAUAUGAAUAUUAAUUGAACAUUAUUUACUCCUUAAUUGUUACAGUGCGUCCUCGGUUUUAAAAAUAUUUUACCAUUUGAAAAGAAUGGAAAUAUUUUUAGUAUCGAAUUUUUUUUAAUAGUUGACUCAUAUUUUUAUCAAUUUUCACAUGUGUUAGUUACGUUUUUACACAUAAUUUUAAGAUUUCCUUAAGCCGAAUGUCCAGAUAUAUGAAAUGAAGUGUGUCAUCAGCCGGUGUUGAACUAUUUUACAGUGGCAAACAUUAUUUCACUAAAAAAACCAUAAUAAUAACAUUUAUUUUUAACCAGGGCAAUGAACCACCAAUGCAAUUUCUAAGUGCUUAACACGAUCCCAGAAAUAGGCAGGUCGUGUGUCCAUACCGAAGUUGAAUUGCUGUAAAUACUAGCCCCCUUAUUCAUAAACGUGUAUUAAGUUACGAUGCCGCUAAUAAUCGUUUGUCCCUUUCCGACGUAUUGGUAUGAUGGAAACGGACAAACGAUUAUUAGCGGCAUCGUAACUUUAGUACACGUUUAUGAAUAAGGGCGUUAAUCGCUGUCUACUAUUAGGGCAGCUUGCCUCGAAACGCAUGUACGAGGGUGGAUUGAAAAAUUCGCGGCCUGAAUAUUAAAAACAAAACAGAGGUUUUUUUUAAUUUAUUUUUAUUUUUCUACAUAGUCCCCGUCGAGUUGAAUGCACUUGUUCCAUCUGGAUUCCAAAGCCAUUACACCACUUUUGAAGAAGCUUUCCUCGAGACCUUCAAAAUAGGCAUCCUCCUCAGCUUGGACCUGAGUGUUGCUGGAAAAUUUCAUAGCACCCAUGUUUUUUUAAAUUGGGGAACAGAUGAAAGUCCGACGGUGCUAAAUCAUAUCGUGAAUAGGGUGGGUGGGGCAAUAAUUCAGGCAGGACGAACCCACUGCUUCGAUUGCUGUUUGGUCUCUGGUGUAUAGUGGUGGACCCACGUCUCGUCCAUAGUUACAAAUCUGUCCAAAAAGUCUUGAGUAUCGGCUUCAUACAGGUCUAGACAUUCACGUGAAUUAGUACGGCGAGCGAUUUUUUGUUCCACCGAAAGAAGCCUCGGGACCCAUCUCGCCGACACCUUGGAAAAACCUAAUUCGUUGACUAUAAUAUUUUGAGUUCUUUCAUAAGAGAUGCCUACGAUGUCAGCUAUUUCCCGCACCUUUAAUCGCCGGUCUUUCGUUAUCAUUUCGCAUAUAAUUGCCACAUUGUCCGUGUUAGUCACCGUUGUUGGCCUUCCGGGACGAGGGUCAUCGGCGAUACUAUCUCGUCCACGCUUGAAUUCAGCUGUCCAUUUUUUCACCAUCGUAUAUGAUGGACAGGAUUGCCCUAAUGUACUUUGCAUAUCAUCAUAAAUUUGCUUCGGUGUCAAUCCUUUUUUAUGCAGAGCACGCUGCUCUAAUUUCUCUAUUCUCACGAUAUCUACCGACACGUAACUUUAAAUAUGCCGUAAAAUUUAUUUUAAAUAUAGACGCCAAUUGAAAUUUCGCGGGAAGACAGUUGAAUAAUGACAGUUCAAAAUAGCGGCAGAAAAAAGAAAAAAGUUUUUUUUAAUUGGCCAGGCCGCGAAUUUUUCAAUCAACCCUCGUAACUACUCACUUCGAUACGCUCUGGGAGCAUAGACGUAACUGAUGCCUAAUAUUGGGGCUCACAUCUCAACCCAACUAGUAUCGUGUGUUAAUGAAAGCUGUUGGUGCUUAAUUUUAGUUUUAUUCGACAUUCGCACUUUAAAAAAAAAUGUAUGCACGCCACAGCGAGGCUAGCAUAACCGGUCCACUAUAACUUGGAUAUUUUUAAAUCGAGAGUGAAUAGACAUCUUUUAGGUAAGCAUGUUCCAUCCUAGACUGCAUCGGCACUUACCAUCAGGCAAGAUAGUGGUCAAAUGCUUACCUAUUCUUAAUAAAAAAAAACCGGAGUGAAUAAAUUGAUUUGUGUUAAAUAUAACACUUUACGAUAGAGAUACAAGCAAAUAUUGGCGAAUAACUGUGAUUACGAUUACAGACGUUUUGGCGCAACUGGCCCUUACUCUAGCUAAAAGCACUGAGACUGCAACAAGACAUCGCAAUGUCGUCUUGUUUGGAACACAGCCAGCCUCAUGAAGGGGCAUUGUGUACGAACCACAUCUAGUUCCUAUGAUUCGGCUUCGGCUCCUGGGAACAGUGGUUGAUAUUUUACUGUGUGACGAUUGGUAUGAUAGCUAAAUGCACUGAGACUGCAACAAGACAUCGCAAUGUCGUCUUGUUUGGAACACAGCCAGCCUCAUGAAGGGGCAUUGUGUACGAACCACAUCUAGUUCCUAUGAUUCGGCUUCGGCUCCUGGGAACAGUGGUUGAUAUUUUACUGUGUGACGAUUGGUAUGAUAGCUAAAUGCACUGAGACUGCAACAAGACAUCGCAAUGUCGUCUUGUUUGGAACAUAGCCAGCCUCAUGAAGGGGCAUUGUGUACGAACCACAUCUAGUUCCUAUGAUUCGGCUUCGGCUCCUGGGAACAGUGGUUGAUAUUUUACUGUGUGACGAUUGGUAUGAUAGCUAAAUGCACUGAGACUGCAACAAGACAUCGCAAUGUCGUCUUGUUUGGAACAUAGCCAGCCUCAUGAAGGGGCAUUGUGUACGAACCACAUCUAGUUCCUAUGAUUCGGCUUCGGCUCCUGGGAACAGUGGUUGAUAUUUUAUUGUGUGACGAUUGGUAUGAUAGCUAAAAGCACUGAGACUGCAACAAGACAUCGCAAUGUCGUCUUGUUUGGAACACAGCCAGCCUCAUGAAGGGGCAUUGUGUACGAACCACAUCUAGUUCCUAUGAUUCGGCUUCGGCUCCUGGGAUCAGUGGUUGAUAUUUUAUUGUGUGACGAUUGGUAUGAUUAUUGUAUAAUAAAGUGAUUUUACUUAAUUUUUAUAUACUAUUUUGGUGUCUCUUUUUUACGUGUCUUAUACUUAUUUAUAAUCAUGUAUUAGGUCGAUGCAAAGCUUUUUUGUAUUUUGACAUUAAUGUAAGGGAUAUUAUAAUUAACAUGCAGCAAUACCAUGUUUAUUUGUCUUACUAUUGUACAGCUGACAAUUCGUUCGUUAAGUAAGUAUGCACUUUUGCAGGUACAUACUUGCAGAUAGGAUUACUUAUUAUUAUUUUCAAACAUGACCCCGCUAAAUAUAAAAUUGUGUCUUAAACUGUAACUUCUGUAACCAUCACCUGUAAGUAAGUUACGUAUAUCAAAUUAUAAAACAUUAUUUAUAUAACGUAAAUAAUAAACUGGAAAACGCGAGGCAUGACUGAAA